AUGGACAUGUCAUUCGACGACAUCAUCCAGACCACCACCGCUCGCCGCCGAUUCACCGCCGCUAACGGACCAAACCGCAACAUCAGCGUUCGUAACGCGAUCAGAAUCACGCCGUACUCUAUUCCUCCAUCUCAGGUUGCUAGAGAAGCGUUGCGAAGAAGCAGCGUUGAUGUUCCGGAAAUGGUUCGCCAUCGUGACGCUGUGCAAACUCGACCUAUCACUAAACUCUAUUUGUCUAACUUGGAUGAUAGGGUUUCCAACGAAGAUAUUCAUCUGUUGUUCUCGGAAGAGGGUGUGUUGGAAAGGUAUUCCAUUCAUUAUGAUCAGUUUGGGAGAUCAAAAGGAACAGCAGAAGUUGUCUUUACAAGGCAGUCUGAUGCUUUAUCAGCCCUCAAAAGGUACAACAAUACGAGGCUUGAUGGAAAGCCACUGCAAAUUGAGCUUCAAAUUGGAAAAAACUCUAUUACUCCUGCUGAUACUCCUCUUGGUCAAAGCAGCAUACUGGGAAGAACAAAUGAUCGCGUCUUUGCAAGGGAAGAAAGGAAGAUUGGAGGUAUCAGGUUCCAUAACAGCUUUGCACAUGGCUAUCUUCCAAUGGGCCAUGGAAAAGAGAAGUUCCAUAUAAGGAAAGUGUCUCUUGGAGCUACUGAUCCCAACUUCGAGAGUUAUGACCGCCGUCGUGUAGAAACAAAACGCAAUUUCCAAAAGUUGUCUGUGAAAGAUCUUGAUGAAGAUCUGGAUAAGUAUCACUUAGAGGCUAAGAAGAUUAACAAAAAAAAUGGAAAGGGAAAUCAGGACUGA